AUGUCAUACUAUUACUUCACUGUUGCUGUUGUCUGUUUCCUGAUUAAUACUAAUGUUCUCUCACAACCGUUUCCUGAUAAUCAAACAAAUGUCGAAUUACCAUCAGGUCAUGAACAAUUUUAUCGUCUUUAUGCAGAUGGUGUUCAAAAGUACAAAUGUUUAUACAAUAAUGUCACUGAGAACUAUAAAUGGGAAAUGGAUCACCCUGAAGGUGACUUACAUCAGUACAAUAUUGAUGACGAAGAACCGGCUAAAAAUCCUAUUAUAGGUUUUCAUCCGCAUACAUUAAUGCAAAAUUAUAGUAUUGAAUCUGCUGAAUGGCUGUUAGGUACGAACUGUCGCUAUACUUAUUGUGAUUUAAAUUGUGUGACGAUAUGUGAUACACUUCAUGAUUAUGUUUAUGGCAAACCAAUUAAAAGAUAUGAUCAUAAUCCAGGUAAAGCCGUUAUAUUGGUACUCAUUCAAGCAACAGAUGCGAAAAAUGGUUCAACAUUUGGACAGGUUACUUAUAUUCAACGACUAAGUACGGUUGGUGGAGUAGUCCCUGCUGGCACACCAUACUCACUCAAGCUCGCCUUUCGACUCCUUCUUUCUGUCUUUGAAUCAGCAACCAUGACAUUAAAACUUGGCGAUGAAUUUCCGAAUUUUAAAUGUAAAACAACAAUCGGUGAAAUCCAGUUACAUGAAUGGUUAGGAGACAGUUGGGGGCUAUUCUGUUCGCAUCCAGCUGAUUAUACACCUGUCUGUACCUCAGAAUUAGCAACAGCUGCAGAACUGACACCUGAAUUUGAAAAACGGAAUGUCAAAGUGAUUGAUUUGUCAUGUGAUACAGUCGAAGAACAUCAUGGCUGGGUUAAAGAUGUUGCAGCAUUUAGUAAAAUAGAUAUUUCUAUUCCAAUCAUCGAUGAUGCCGAUCGUGCAAUUGCCAGUCGAUUAGGAAUGAUACGAGAACACGACGAGUUCGAUAACCGAUUCCACCCACGCGGUCUACCAAUGGCAGCUCGUGGUGUAUUUAUCAUUGGUCCAGAUAAGAAACUGAAAGCCAGUACUUUGUAUCCACCUGAAUGUGGUCGAAAUUUCACAGAAUUUAUCCGAUUGAUUGAUGCAUUACAAUGUACGAGCAAAUAUCCGUGUGCCACACCUGCCAAUUGGAAAGUUGGGGAAAAAGUGAUGGUGCCGCCAAAUGUUAAAGCUGAAGAAAUCCAAAAGCAUUGGCCACAGGGAUUAGAAACAACAGAAGUUCCGAACGAUAUGGAUUGUAGUUUAAAAUGUUUACAUCGUCGUGCGAUAUUGUUUUGUCUAUCCAUAAUUCAACAAUACUAA